UUAUCCUGGUCUCUGCAGGUUUUUGUGAAGUGUCAUUGUGAUUAUGACCCUGCCAAUGACAACCUCAUCCCUUGCAAGGAGGCGGGGCUACAGUUCUCCAGAGGAGACAUUCUGCAGAUCGUUAACCAGGAGGAUGUGAACUGGUGGCAGGCGCGUCACGUCGAGGGAGGCAGUGCUGGCCUGAUUCCCAGUCAACUUCUGGAGGAGAAGAGGAAAGCUUUUGUGAAGAAAGAUGUUGACCUUUCACCAGCAGACACCUCUAGGAAGCCCAAAUCAGCAGACCGAGAGAACAUGAUGUAUGCCUUCACGUCCCGGAGUAAGAUGGAGGCUGAUAUUAAAGCUGGCCACUAUCUUGAACACGGUGAAUAUGACGGUAACCUCUACGGCACCAAGAAUGACUCCAUCCAUGAAGUCGUGGAGGCGGGACGUAUCUGUAUCCUGGACGUCAGCCCACAGGCCCUAAAAGUCCUCAGGACAUCAGAGUUUUUGCCGUAUGUGGUGUUCAUCAAAGCCCCAGAGUUUGAGGUGCUGAAGGCCAUGAACAGAUCUGGGGUGGAGGCAGGAGUGACCAAACACCGAACAGACGCAGAACUGAAGAGGACGGUGGAUGAGAGCGCCAAGAUUCAGAGAGUGUACGGACACUACUUCGACCUCACCAUAGUAAAUGACGAUUUGGAGCAAGCGUACAGGAAACUCAAAUCCUCCUUAGAGGAGUUAAAGGGAGCUCAGCAGUGGGUUCCAGUUGGGUGGGUGUUUUAGAGCUCACUACAGCAACUAGUGUAUGAUUCAUGUGACACUUUAUACCAGUGUUAACCUCAUGCCAGGGGUGUUCACUGAUCAGAGAGCUUACAUGAGUGUGUGUGUGUGUGUGCGUGUGUGUGUGUGAAAUCACCAUCUACCCUACAAAAACAGGUUAUAGAUAACUCGUGUCAGAAUUGAACUACAGUCUCAUCUUUUUGUUCAGUAAACAUUCAAGUUUCAGUUCAGAUGUUUUUUGAAAU